CUCUGUAAUACAUGCAUAACCAAAAUAAGACAUUGAAGUCAUCCUCAUUGAUAAGCAUCUGUUAUUGCAUCCUUUAAAUAUGCAUGAAAACUUAUAUCCCCUCUUUCAAGGAGACCAAGGCUGUUUGCAUGGACUUCCUGCUCAUCUCUGUCUCUAAAAGCAACCCAGUGCACUUACCAGUGUUAAUAGUAGUAUAGCUUUUUAUCCCAAAAUAGUAACUAUCUAUAACAACAAAUAUACUAUAUUCACAGGUGUGUUGGUGGCCUUCCAGAGAUCCAGAACAGGGCAUAAUAAAACGCAUGCUUCAUGUGCUUCUUGCGCUCCCUGAGUUUCUGGGAAGGGUGAGCUUAGGAGCACCAAACCCUAGUGCCGAUCGUUCGUAACGUAGCACUUCCUUUCUCCUUCCCUGCAGCGGGGCAGCGUGUACUCGCUGGGCGCGUCCUCAAACGUCUCUUCUGCCCGCUCCCGCUCCCAUUCUCACGCCCGCUACAGAACCAGGGCCGCCAACUCAGAAGUGGACGAGAGCCUCUUUGGGAUGGUCAAGAACGUCCACCUCCCGCGCUCGGGCAGCCCCAUCGUGGUCCUUCAGGAUGCCAAGCUGGCCAUGGGGAAGUCGCUUGGCUGGGGCCACAAGCCUGAAACCAUCCGCCUCAUCACGAGAGACCUCAUCCGGGAUCUUGUCGUGCCCAAAGUGGACCCGUCAGGGGAAUCCCUGAUCAUAAGCCCUCAGGACUACGCACGCAUCAAGGACGCGUCCCAGGUGCUGACGAAGGAGGAGCGCGAAGCUCAACAAGCCGUCCUCAGGGCGGAGCGAGAAGCCAUCAUGGUUGCAGUGAACGAGCGGAAGAAAUCCAUGAAGCUGAAGGAGAUCUUGCGGAAGAAGAACGAGAAACUCAACGACCUGGAACAGGAGGCCAAGGAGCGGGCGCAGUACCUGCUGGAGCGGGCCGCCAACCUGCGCAUAGAACAGGAGGAUGAGAUCAAGAAGCUUGGCGAGAUCAUCCUGGAGGCCAAAUGCCACGCCAUCCGUGAUGCGCAGAUCCUGGAGAAGAAGCAGAUUGAGAAGGAGCUGUCCGAGGAGGAGAUGCGGCUGGACCACAUGAUGGAGGCGGAGAGGCAGAAAGCCAACAAGAUGCAGGACGAGCUGGAGCGAAAGAGGAAGGAGGAGCUUUUCCGGGGGAGGCGCCACAUCAUCGAGCAGAUAGAGAAGAACGAGGAGUUGCGGGCUAUGAAGGCCGAGCAGCGGGACCAGGAGGCACAGGAGAUGCUGGACUACCUGGAGCGGCUGCAGUUUGAAGACGAGCGGGAAAUGGAGCGCCGGAGGCUGGAGCAGCUGAAGAUCCAGGCCGAGAUACGGCACAUCAAUGACGAGAAUCAGAAGCGCAAGGAAGAGAAGCAGCAGCAGGAGAAGCAGGCCGACCUGCGGGUGCUGGAGUACCAGCGGCAGAAGAUGGCCCGGGAGGCUGAAUUUGAGGCCGAGCAGGAGAAGAUCCGCCGAGAGAAGGAGAUGGAGACGGCCCGCCUGCGGGCCUUGCAGGAGAAGGCUCAGGACCACCAGGCAGAGCAGGACGCGCUGCGGGCCAAGCGCAACCAGGAGGCGGCCGAGCGGGAGUGGCGCCGGAAGGAGAAGGACGCCGCGCAGAAGAAGGCGCAGACGGAGGCCAUGCUGAAGCAGAGCCGGCUGGAGCAGGUGGCCCACAAGGAGCACAGCCUGGCCGUGCAGGUCCAGCGGGAGCGGGCCGAGUUCGAGCGGAUCGUGCGGAUCCAGCGCGAGCAGAUCGAGAAGGAGCGGCGGGAGCACGCGCGGCGGGUGGCCCUCCAGCAGGCGCAUGCCGACGAGAUCCGGCGCCAGGUGCGCGAGCACCAGCAGAAGCAGGUCCAGGAGCGCGUCGCCCUCUUCGAGGAGGGCAAGCGGCUGAAGGAGGAGGCGCGGCGGCGCAGCGAGCGCCUCAACGAGAUGAAGCGCAAGAAGCUGGACGAGCUCCGAGCUGCCGGCCUCCCUGAGAAGUACUGCGCCGAGGUGGAGCGCAAGGCGUACAUGCAGUCGGCCCCGGUGCACUGAGUGGGAAAGACGCUUCCGGCCACACGCCGCAGCCCUGCCGACUCUCCACGGAGCACCCAGAUGUUCUAUUUAUUAUCCCAAGGGUUUUAUGCGUAGAGGUAUUACUGCAUGUAUCUGAUUUUUUUUCUUUAGGGUCACGACACAGACAUUCAAGAAGAUAUUAUCUCUGUACUUUGCAGAGCCCCUGCUGGCUCCAGCCAGCAUUGUAAAUAAACGUUAAGCAGCUAU